UGCUGUGUACCUUUGAUGAAGCAUCUAUUUUUUGCAAGCACCGAAGAUGAUGGAAAGCGUGCUCUAAAAAUGUCAUAAGUCAUCCAGGUGAUUGUGUCUUACCCAGUCAUGAGACCGCGAGAUCCAGGAAGGAAUCACACAGUUGAUGAGCCCAUUCUUGCGUCAAAUUUGCCAACGGCUUCCACCACCGCAGCGCCCGAUAAUCUCUCCACCAAUAUAUGCUGCUUUGGAGUUAUGAUACUUGUUAGCGUGUCAUAUCAGUUCUCGGAAGCUCCUCUCUUACAGUUAUACGAAGACUUCAUCUGUAGCGACUUGGCCAAACCAGCUGGUCUUUCCAACAUGAUUUCAGGGAGGAAGCAUUGCAUAACCAAUUCUAUCCCCGUUCAAAAAAAGCUCGCUUCCGUCACGUCUAAACAAGUAAACCUCGACACUGCUCUCUCUCUUGUUGCAAGCGUUUACAUACCCUCACGUCUUCGAAAAUGGGGCAUGAUUCGAAUGCUCCAGCUGAAUUUAUUCUUCCAUAUCCUAGGACAGCUAUGGAUUUACUUAAUAUUAGGAACCCGCCUGCUUUCGGUGGAAUGGACAUGGGUUUCUUCACUUACUGUUAUAGUUGCUUCUGGACCUUACAUGCGUAUAGAAAUACUUUUCAUGCUUCUCACCUCUGUUACCCCAGAGGAUCGAAGACUCUCGAAGCUUACUCUUGGGCAGAUGGUUGUCUUGAUACCCAAUUUUCUGGCCAAAAUGGCUUCCGCAUAUUUGAUGGAUAAAUGUAUUUGGUAUCCUUUGACUCUAGCAAUCGGUUCCUUGGCUCUCGCAUUUGCAGCUCUCAAUUGGAAGAUGCCUUUUGAAGCCCCACGACAACACAACAAUGGUCAUUUCGUCGUUAGAACUCUGCGCACUCGGUUCAGCACUCUCCGUGUCCUUUUCACAUCACCAAAAGUCUUCUUCUUAAUCUUGACUUUCUCCUUCACCAAUGUAUUCGGACAGCUGAUGUCAGGGAGCACUUUACUGCAAGUCCUGACAAGGAAAUUCGGAAUGAGCCUCAAAGAUGCAUCCAAAAUACAAUCAUUGAGCAAUCUCGUCAACUUACCACCCCUAGCACUGAUAUAUCUUUUCCCGACAGGUUGGGAUAAUCUUAAUGUUUGCUGCUUCUGUGCCUCGUGUUCGAUGGUAGGGCUGCUUCUCAUGGGGAUAGCUCAAAGCUGGGAGGUGGUAAUGGUUGGGUUUGUGUUCUGUGCCGCUGGUCAAGGUUUUCGCAUGGCAGCUCGAAGCGAACUAUCUCUGACCAAGAAUAUACAACGUGAAGACAUCAGUAGCCUUUACAUCCUGAUAUUCUACAUAGAUAUGAUUGGAGGUGGCUUUUUUAAUGCCUGGGCUCUGGCACGUGCCUUCAAUGAGAGUCUGGAUGACGGAGGGUUUUUUCUUGGCCUUCCGCUCUUCGUCGCUGUCGCCGAAUGGUACAUUGUAUUGUUGAUCGUGACAACGAUUAAGAUUGUCCCCCAUCAGAGGUUGAAUGGGACAGGAUUUGGCGCGAGAGAAUCAUUCGCGCACCUAAAUGAUCCAUACUUGAACUCAAUGUAGACCCAUUAUUAAAUAAAAUUGUAGAGGAAGUCCAACAUAUACACGACCAAAACAACAAAAACCAACAUUUGGAGCGACAACGGAGCUAGAGUUGGGAAAAGGAAGACAGCAUUAGGAUGGCUAGGUGAAAAGGGGAGAGGGGCUUGGAACGGUCAUCAAAGUCUAGAUACUACCAGAACUCAGCUCUCAGAUGGAGUUUGGGAAAUCCCCGCAGCCGUUGCCUUUGAGUUCGUGAUAUAGGCAAAUCGUCAGGCAGCAGUGCAUGGGCACAGGAAUCGCAUUUGUGAUUUGAUUAUGGGAUGCAGAAGGAUUAGUUCAAUCGUCUAUUUUCCCAAGAUGACUAGUUCGACUUGAAUCUUCAGGAAAGAACCCACUACCUGUACCGAUCGGAGUGUAGGGCUUCAUUGGUAUUCGCCUGGAUAUCUGAAGUCUAACGCGCAACUAUUCCGGCGAGAUGGUCAGACUAGCCCUUGAAUAAAGCAAGGCAGAGCUGUCUGUCGAGCAUUCUCAAACAAAGGUUGUACCUCCAAGGUCGUAGAAACUACACCAGGAUCAGAAAGAUUUUCUUUGACGAGUGGCUGACACCACAUACUGUGGUACCAUAAGUACCGGAAUGCUCAAGGCAGUUCAAAACUAUUGAUGAAAUUUCCUCCAAUCGAC